AAGUUUUAUGCUUAUUGCUAGAUCCUAGUUCCAUGAAAUUCGUAGAAGGUUAAGUUUACCACUUGUUUAUCUCAUUCUCUAGUGUUAUGAUUAUUAAUUAUAAAUCUUUAUAAUUUUUUUUUAAUUACUAGUAAUAAUAUUCGUUAUUAAACUAAUUGUGUUGAUACAAGAAAGGCUUAGAAUAAUUAAUACAAAAAAAUAUUUAAAAAGUUUCUAUUUUCGUAUAAAAUAACGAACAGAAAAAUGUCGGAAUCUGAGAUGUCUUCAACAAUUCGAUCACCUAAUGAAAGAAAAAAAGUUUUAUGGAAAACUUUGUCCUGCGCAUUGUCUCUUCAAGAAAGAAAUGAACACUUGGAUGUAAAUGAUCUUAGAACUUUGGAAGAAGUUAUGAAGGAAGGAAAUACCGCUGUUCUGGAAACAACGGUCUAUGAAAAAAUGAAGAAUCAGGAGGAAAUAUUUUUUGAUUCCAAAGCAAUCAAUAUAUCGUCUAAAAUUUUAACCCAAUGUACUAAAUCUUUAACACAAAAUAUCAGUUCAUACAAUCCCAUAGAUUUUUCUACUAAAAUCUUACACCACAUGCUUAAACUCCCAGAUACGUUAUUAGAAAAUCAAGAUUGGUCUGUUUUAGAAACAGAAAUAACUAAACAUAUUAAAAGAGUACCUGACUAUACAACUUUGCUAGGUUCAUUAGCACCGUUAGAAAAAAAAGUAGUUCAUAGAAAAGUAAUGGUUAACAAAGUUCAAGCUGUGAUGAAAUCACCAGAAAACGUGGUACUUGCUAACAAGGAUGAGGAAAGCAUAGAGGAAACGGUAGAUAAAAUAAAGAAAUUUAUAAAAUAUUAUUACAAAAAUAAUGAAAAACCGUUGGACUUUUUUGGCUUAAUUUUACAUCCAAAUGAUUUUGGUAAAACGAUAGAAAAUAUGUUAUAUGUUUCGUUUCUUGUUAGAGAUGGUAUCAUUAAAUUAGUUAAAGAUGAUAGAGGAAUACUUGUAAUUCAACUUUGUUCCAAAGAAAUGAUAUUACAAAGGAAACAGGCUGGUACACAUGUGAAUAUUCAAAAUGUCAUGUCUAUAAAUAUGGAGCAGUGGAAAGUUCUAAAAGAUGUAUACAAAUUAGAAAGGCCUAUAUUAGAUUUCAAAUACUAAGUUAAUUUUCAUACUCAAAGCACUUACAAAUUCCUACAGUGUUUUUAUAACAAUCAAAUGUGUUGCAUUAUUGUAAAUAAAUAUUUUUAUAUAUUUUUGUAUUACAUAAAAAUAAAAUGAAAAGAAAAAAAUUAAUGAACAAAUUAUGAGUUGUCUCAUAGUUUUGUUCAAAGUUAUCUUACAAGGGUUUAUUAUUUUUAAAUCGUUUUUAUUUAUAUCUAACAUAUACUAUAAAAUUGUAUAUGUUAUCGACAAUACGAUCACUGCGAUUAAGUAUAAAUGAGGAAAUUUUAAAAAAACGAAAUUUACAUUGGCGCGAAUUGUAUAAAAUUUCUGUUUACUUAUUACGUUCAUUAAAGUUUAACAAUUUUGUAAAUGUGAAGUUUUA